AUGAGUGACAAGAUAAGAAUUCAGGUGGAUAAUGUUGAAAUCAAGCCUAAAUAUGUUCUAUAUGGAAUUAGUACGCCAAACAAACACUUAUACAAGAGGUAUUCUGAAUUCUGGAAACUGAAAACACAAUUAGAGAAGCAAGUUGGAAGUACCAUUCCGUACGAUUUCCCCGAAAAACCCAGUGUGUUAGACAGAAUGUGGCAAAGAAGGUAUGACGAUCCAGAAAUGAUUGACGAAAGACGUAUUGGGCUAGAGAGGUUUCUCAAUGAACUAUAUAACGACCGCUUUGAUUCUCGAUGGAGGGACACAAAAAUCGCACAAGACUUCUUGCAGUUGUCAACGCCAAAAGUUUCUCAAGAAAAGUCAGAGCAACGUCAAAGUAUUGAUGACGAAGUAGAAUGGGGCGAAAUGAUACGAGAUGUCAAGCUGGAUUUAGAUGAGGAAAGUGAUGGCACGCCCAGUGUACAUGGCGCACUAAGAGCACGGACAAAGCUCCACAAGUUACGAGAGAGACUAGAACGGGAUGCACAAAGGAAGUUACUCCCAAGCAUGGAAGUAACCCGACGCGCUGCUCUAUUGAGAUCGCUACUUAAAGAAUGUGAUAAUAUUGGUACAACAAACAUCACUCAGGACCGUGGACGGCUCUUGGGGGUCGCUACGAGUGGGACCUCUCCUACUACGGAUGCUCAAGGAAGAACCAAUAACGAUUUGCAACAGGGACAGGUGCAAAUGGUACGUGACCAAGAACAGGAGUUGAUCGCAUUGCACCGAAUUAUCCAGGCUCAACGUGGAUUGGCCUUGGAGAUGAACGAAGAAUUGCAGACACAAAAUGAGUUACUCACGGUCCUCGAAGAUGACGUUGACAACACUGGUAGAAGAUUACAGAUAGCCAACAGGAAGGCGAGGCAAUUCAACAAUAGUGCUUGA